AUGAGACGUUUCGCAUUUGUCCUGUUAGUGGCCUUCGUCCGGGCGAUGCCAGCCCUGGAUAAAGAAGUUUCUGAUCCUAGCCUGGCUAACAGCGUCAUCGGCGUCGUCAAAGAAUGCGUCGAAGAGGAUGUUUCGUUGUGUCUAAAGGAAAAGGCGUUAAGAUAUGUCGAGAGUCUGUCCUCUGCGAGGGAGAUGGAUUUAGCUGAUGGCAUCACUUUGCUUGGCACUGGUUCACCGAGAUCUGCUAGGUCUUUUGAGCCGUUGGCUGAAGAACCUAAAGCUAGAGAAUCCCAAGUGGAGUCGAGACUCGUAGACUCAGCUGCUGACUUCUUGGAGAAUCAUGUCAUCCAGUUCCGUAUGCCCUCAUCAGCCAUCGAGGGAAUGAAGAGGUCUCUUGAAGAAGCUCGUGGUAAGAAGAAGAAGAUAAAGCAGCUCCUCCCUCUUUUGGCCAUCGCAAAACUGAAAAUCAUGGCCCUCAUUCCUUUAUUCCUUGGAAUAAUUGCCUUCGCUGCAGCUAAAGCAGUACUCUUAGCUAAGAUUUCCCUCCUGGUUGCUGGUAUUAUUGCCCUCAAGAAAUUACUCGCCAGCAAACACCACGAGACUAGCUAUGAAGUAGUCGCCCACCCACACCAUGAAGAGCAUUACGCUAGCAGUGGACACGGCUGGGGCAGGUCAAUCGACGAAGCCCAAAACCUCGCCUAUUCAGGACACAACAAGUCAGACUAAUGAAUUCUAAGGGUUCCACAAGGCGCAAUCUUUGUAACCAAACUCUUUCAUAUUUAUGCGAACGAUAGAACGAUCAUAGAUAACAUACGAUGGUUAUUUAUUUGUAGGUAUAAGGAUAUUUAUUGUAUAUUUAUUGUCCAUAAUCCCUUUGUGAGGGAUGGUAAUGAAAGUUGUUGUUUUGUUUUCCAUAAAGUUUGUUCUGCGUUUGUAUGAUCCUUCCUGUUGUACUAUAUUAGUAUAUAUUUCACACCCUAUACGGUAUCCGUAUUUGUGUAUUUUGUUAUGAACAAAUAUUUUACGAUACUCGUCACUGUCUGUGCUAAGUUUUUUACUCCAUGUGAUCUAGUCCUAGUCCUUUCUCUAAGAUCUAUUCUCAUAUAAUACUUUUAUAGUUUUAUUAUAUACAUUUUAAUAUUAUUUUACUUCUGUUUAUUAUUGUUUCUGUUCACGUAGUUUUUAUUUUGUAUAUUUUGUAAAUAUUGUAUAUAAAUGUAUUACAUUUUUACUUUUACAUAUAUUUCACUGCGAACUUAUUUAUAUAUUUAUC